GAUGUCUCACGAUGGCCGCAGCCAAGCGGGGGCGGCGGGGGGGCUGUGCGGGGGGCCGGCACCACCACCUCCCCCCAGGGCAGCCCCAUCACGCUCUCCGUGCCCCGCCCGGACCACCAGCGCACCACCAACCUCUACGUGGACACGCCCUUCAAGCACCGCGUGGCGCCCCGCUCGCGGCCCGGCCAGCAUCCUUCGCCGGCGGGGGGUCGCGCCCCCCACUCCACGGACCUGCCGCUGGUCCACGGCGCGCCCGCCCGCAGCAGCGGCAAGAGGCCGGCCGCCGCGGCCAAGCUUACGGCCGCCCAGACAAGCUUGAGCGUCGGGACGACAGUGAAGGGCGGCAGCCUCGAGGGCAGCACCGCGGGCGUGACCCUCGGGCCGCAGGGCAGCCGCGCGCCCGUCAUCAGGAAGCAGCCCGCCGCCCUCACGUUCACGAAGGGCGGCCGCGACGACAUCGACGGCGAGUCCAUCAUCUGCUCGUGGUGCGGCCGCUGCCGGUGCGAGGCGUGCACCAAGCCGCGGCCGCCGCCUGCGGCCUGGCUCUGCCGCAACAAGUGCCUGUGCUCGCCCGCAGCCGUGGUCGACUACGCGUCGUGCCUGUGCUGCGUCAAGGGCGUGCUGUACCACUGCAGCAAGGACGGCGACGCCGACUUCGACUCGGCCGCGGACCACCCGUGCUCGUGCGGCGGCCCGCAUGCGCUGCGGGGCUGGGCGUGCCUGGCCCUCGCCUCCGUACCUCUGCCGUGCCUGCUCUGCUACUGGCCCCUGACGGCGGCGCGGCGCCUGCUGGAGAGCACGUACCAGCGGUGCACGAGCCACGGGUGCCGCUGCCCCCAGGGCGUGGGCGCGCGCCACCACCCGCCGCCGCCCCCGGAGAAGCGGCCGCUGCACGACUGCGCCUGAAGGGCGUCGCGCAGCGGGCCGCCCUCCCCCGGCGGGCGGCCCGGGCCACCCACACCCACGGAGGAAGGCCUCGGCCACCCUCUCAAGCUUUAAUCCCCGGCCAGGGUGGCCGCCCGGCCCGCGCCGCCCGCCGGAAGCUGAGCGGCCUCGGGGCGCUGGUGGCGGAGCGUGGGCGCGGAGCCUCCUCCUAGUCACGCCCACGCCGCCCACGCCGCCCGCACCAGCGCAUGGCCCCGGGCACAUUCAGGGAUCAACGCCGCGCCCACCAGUCAGGGGCGGUUGAGACGGUGGGCGGCGCAUCACGCCGACACCUCUCUUACAUCGUCAUUAAUUUAUUAUUCAGCCUUGUACGACGGUGAGGCGAGAUGCGCGCGGUGGCAGCGCCGUCGGCCGCCGCCCUCGCGACGGAGGCGCCGCCAGCACCCUCGCGCCGCAGCCGCCGUGCUGCGAUGCUGCGAUGCUGUGCUGCUCGUAUCGUUGGUGUUGGCCCCGCCCGCCCGCCGCCCACCCUCAGCCGCCCAGCCCCUCCCCCUAAUCCCACCCGCCCGCAGAUACAAGGCGGGCAAGCAGGACAUGACUGGGACGGGUCACCCAGUACCUUCUAGUCGAUCAAUUAAUGUUGUUGCGCGAAUGUUAUUGCUGGCGAAAAGUGGGCCCGCGACCUUCCCUCCCAGACAGACCAGGGGCGCAAGGACACUGCAACCCCGCCCUCCCCCCCUCCCCUCCCUCCACUCUCUCGCCGCCCGCAUGGAGGGCCGCGCGCGCCAGCCCUACCCGAGGGCGGAAGGACAACCUCCAAGGCAUUCCGACCCGAGGACCAGGUCGUGCUCGCGCCCUCAGUGACCGCGGGCUGGACGAUCUUGUGCUGACCUCAGACUGGCUUCCACGGGACACGCCCCUCACGUGCGCCAAGGAAAGAUUUGUGCUCGGAUGAACAGACGGACAAAGCCGCGCUAGCAGACGCCCCCACACGGACACACAGACGCAAAGACACAGACACCCUCACGGACACACUCACUCAUACUCACACACCCAGUCACUCUCUCACAAUCUCACUGUCACUCGCUCUCACUCGCUCACUCAUACGCCCACAUUCCCAUUCUCUCGCCCUCACGCACACGCUCUGCAGGUGUACAUGUCUGUCUGUUUCGAAUCGGAGAGGAGAAGGCAGACACGCUCGAGGAGAUGAAUCAAACUUGUGAUUGUUGGUCAAGUCGAGAGAAAAAAGUGUGAAGUUUGAUUUGUGUUGAACCGCAUAUUUUUUCCUUCCCACAAAAAAAAAACACGCGAAUUGAAACGAAAAUGAAAACAAGAAAGAAAGGAAAACAAGAGGAGGCCCGUGAGGUGCAGAUGGACGCAUUUUCGGCCAAACAAACGAUUAUUAAUUUUUUUCUCUCUCUUUCCUUUCUUCCCCCCCUCUUUCUUGUGGAUAACGAACGUAUUGAUUGUUAAUCUGAGGUCGGUUGCGAAUGCUCAUUGUUGAUAGAUUGUGUGUCUUAUCUCUCUCCCUUUUUUAUAUAUAUUACUGUAAGAGACAAAGAGAGAAAAUAUUUAGAAAUUGUUUGGAUAUACGAUUUGUUAUAGUGAGAGGAAGAGAGAGAGAGAGAGUGAGUCAAAGAGUCAGUCAGUCGAGUCUAUGUAAGGUAUAAGCAGAGACUCUCCCCCCCCCCUAAGUCCCCCAUUUCUAGGCGUCCCCCCACGGACUCUAGGGCGGACGGGGAGGGGGGGAGGGGGAACCCAGCGCCGUCUCCUGGUCAGGUAGUUCACAGUCGUAAACGCGGGGCUGCGGCAAGUCCUCUUGGCCGGCUUGGAAUCUUGUAUAAAAAAAGGAAAAAAAAGGAAGAAAAAAAAGUGCAAAUUUGUAUAAAAAAAAGGAAAUACAAGGGGAAAAGAAACGUCACAAAUCUUAUAUAAUUAUUUGUUUUCUUCAAAUUUCUAUUGAUAUUUAAUAUAUAUGUAUAUAUAUAUGUAUAUAUAUUUUAUAUUAAUGUAUAUACCAACACAACUUCGGGGCCUACCAAGCCGCUUGCCGCCUCCCUGGCUCGCACACACACAAAAAAGAAAUGUAUUUUUGUAAAGGCAGGAUUCCUUUUUUUAUGGAAUGAGGAGUUUGUGUUGCAAGCCUGCGUGUUUGCGAUCCCCCCUGAGUCCAGGAUGGGCGCUUUUCGUCCUGUUGCUUUGUUUAUAAGAUUUAUCCGAAAAAAGAUGUUUUGUUCUUUGUAAAGUUACUGUACAGAAUUGUCUAUGGAGAGAGAAUUAUUGCUGAUAUAUAAUUCUUCUUUGUAUAACUGCUUUAUAUGUUCCAAAAUACUUAUAUUGGCAGUUAUUGUAUGUAUGUACAUAAGGAAUAUUGAAAAUAAUAACAAAAGGAGAAAAAAAUAAAA